CACCGGCGGGGGCGGGACGGGUCAGAGGUCACGCUUGGCGCGCGGGGCAAGAGACCCACGCGAUCGAGGCGGAGAAUUGAAGGCCUCACGAUUCUCUUUUUUUAUUUUUUUGUAUUUAAAAAAAAAUAAUUGUCUCCCUUACCCCUCGCCCUCACACUCUCUCUCGACCUCUCACACCGCUUCAUCGACUCCUCCUCGACCCCCCUCGGGCUUCUGACCAAUCCGACCAAGAUGGUCGUCAGGAAAAGCAAACCACAUGGAUCGUCUCCUGAGAUGCCCUGCAGCACCACCAUGCUACUCAAGACUUGGCUUUGCCAACACCAGAAGCGGUAGCCUGUGCAGAAUAUUGGGAAAGGGCCGUCCGCAUAGGUUGGACAGGAGACACUAUGCACAAGAAGAAAAACCUGGUAAAAAAAUUAAAUGGUUGAGUUAGUUGAGAAACUUAGAAACUUUUUUUUAUUUUACCGGGUAAGGCCCAUUGGAGCUGUAUAUAUCUUUUUCAUAAGUGAUCCUGACAAUCACAAAUGAAAGCACGACGAAGCGGCUUACCACGUGGAAACGUAUUGUCAGUCGCCAAAUGCUCCAAAAAGGCACGUUGAAAAAACUCCUCUCUCUUCCACCGUGUGGCACUUGCAGACCCUCCCCGGCCCUUCAUCCUCCCCCCCCCCCCCCCACCUCCGAUCUCCCCCGGCGCUGCCCUCAAGUCGCCGACCAUGAAGAUCGCCGUGGAAGGCUGCUGCCACGGCGAGCUUGACCGCAUCUACGAGACGAUCGCCUACCUGGAGAACCGCGAGGGCAUCACCGUCGACCUGCUCCUCUGCUGUGGCGACUUCCAGGCCGUGCGCAACGAGGCCGACCUCAAAUGCGUCGCCGUGCCACCCAAGUACAGGCAAAUGCAGACCUUCUACAAGUACUACUCUGGAGAAAAGAAAGCCCCGAUCUUAACCGUAUUUAUUGGCGGAAACCACGAGGCCGCCAAUCACUUGCAAGAGUUGUCUUACGGAGGCUGGGUCGCUCCGAACAUAUUCUAUAUGGGCUACGCAGGCGUGGUGCGCUAUGGUGGUUUGAGGAUUGGUGGCCUCUCAGGGAUUUACAAGCAGCACGAUUACUGGAAAGGUCACUUUGAAAGUCCUCCCUACAACCAGAACACUUUGCGGAGCGCCUACCACGUGCGCAGCUUUGACGUCUUCAGGUUAAAGCAGCUGCGUCUGCCGCUCGACGUCUUCAUGUCGCACGACUGGCCGCGCGGCAUCUACCGCUACGGCCGCUCCGAGGAGCUGGUGCGGCGCAAGCGCCACUUCCAGAACGAGGUGGAGACCAACACGCUGGGCAGCCCCGCGGCCGCCGAGCUGCUGCACCACCUGCGGCCCACGUACUGGUUCUCAGCCCACCUCCACGUCAAGUUCGCCGCCUUCGUGGAGCACAAGAAAAAGGAAGGGGAGGACGCCGUGAAGACGACGCGCUUCCUGGCCCUGGACAAAUGCCUUCCUCAGCGGGAGUUUUUACAGGUGCUGGACGUCCCCCACUCCGGGGAGGGUCCCUUGCAGCUGGAGUGGGACCCCGAGUGGUUGGCCAUCCUGCAGGCCACCAACCACCUAGUGAGCGCGUCGCCGGAAAAGCAACACGUGCCUGAGAACAAGAGUUUGCACGAACGCUGGGACUACAGCGUGUCGGAGGAGGAGGUGAGGAUGUUGGCGGAGAGUCUCGGCGACGGCCUUCGGGUCGCCGAGAACUUCCUGCCGACCGUGCCGGCCUACGACCCGCAGCGGCCCGACAACGGCCGCGAGGCCGCCCACAGCCCCAACCCGCAGACCACGGAGCUGUGCGGCCGCCUGGGCCUUGUCGACCCUUACGCGAUGGUGGGCGCCGGCGGCGGGGACGAGGGCAGCCCCUUCAGCAGCACGCCCAAGCGGCCCAGCACUUCGUGGCGCCAAGAGGACGCCGCCUUCUCCCCGGACCCGCCGAGUGAAUACUCGACGGACACGUCCGGCCUCUCCUCCUCAUCGGUGAACCCCGACGAGAUUCCGCUCGACGACGACGACGACGAUGAAGACGACGAGGAGGACGACGACAACGAGGAGGAGAAGGAGAAGGAGGAGGAUGACUGUCGCGCGCGAGUCCAUCACGGCCACAGUGACGGUGACGGCGGCGGUUCGAGGAACCCCGGGGAAGACGGGGACAACAAAGAUGAGGCUGCGGCGGAGACGAAGCAGCAGGGCACCCAGGGGGACGUGACCCCCACGACCUCCCCGGCCGACAGCCAGACCUCGUCGUGCAAGCGGACGCCCGAGCAGGCCGAAGCGCCGACGGCGGCUGCCGCCGCCGCCGCCGAGGGUGCGAGCGGCGUGAAAAAGAUCAAGCGGCGGAACCAAAGUAUUUACACGGCCGGGGACGAGGACGCCGACGGCAAGAACUGAUUUUCCCGCCGGUUGCGCUGACCCACCGCCACUGCCGCCGCCAUCGCCGCGGCCGCCACCGGUCGGUCGCCGGCCGCGUGUUUUUGGCGUCCAGUGGUGCGUCGUUCUUUUUUUUUUUAAAUCCUCUUUUGGGACGUUUCUUCGGCGGUCGUUGGUCUCGUGUUUACGACGUCCCCGGCCGUGUGGCGUGCACGCCGUACGGAAGAAACAUUUUUUUACUGCGUUAACCACGCCGCACGGUGUUACCGUGUGCGUGUGCGGUGGGGGAA